AUCAGUGUUAAGCGCAUGUGCAGUGGAAAUUGGUGGCUGAGAUGUCAUCAUAGAUAAAGAAUGACAAUGUAAAUUCAAAAUCAGGGACUAUUCCCAUUUGUCACUAAUAACUGGAGGUCUUCGCUGUCUGAAUUGGCUGCCUUGUGGAUCCAUCUUUGCUCUAAGCGAUCUACAGCAGAAUCAUAGAGGAGGAAUACUUUGACUGGUGCAGAAGAGUGACCUUCCCCCUUUCUCUGAAAAUCAAUCAACAUGGGAUCAACAACACUGGGAAAGGCAGCUUCUCUUGAUGCUCUCUUAAUUGAAUGCAUACGAGCAUUUGGUGACAACGGAGAGCUGCAGGGCAACCUGCCUCGCAUGCUUCUGCUGAUGCAUCGCUGGUAUGUUACAUCAUCGGAACUGGCUGGAAAACUGCUGAUGAUGUACCGUGACUGCAACGAUAAUGACUACCACAAAACAAGACUAAAGACUUGCUACUUCAUGAGGUACUGGAUAGGGACAUUCCCAGCAGAGUUCAACCUGGACUUAGGUCUUAUUAGGAUAACAAAGGAGUUCAGAGAAGUUGCUGAAAGGCUAAGCUACGAGGAGCAUUUCAAACUUCUUGAUAUAUCCACCAUUCCUUCAUAUGACUGGAUGCGUAAACUGACUCAGCGUAAAAAGCAGGAUAAGAAAGGCAAAACGUCGCUGUUGUUUGAUCAUCUUGAACCAAUAGAGCUGGCAGAACAUCUGACUUUUUUGGAAUUUAAAUCCAUCAGGAGAAUAUCGUUCUUGGAUUACAAGAGCUAUGUGCUCCAUGGUUGCUUGGUGGACAACCCGACACUGGAACGCUCUAUUGCUUUGUUUAAUGGGGUUUCGCAGUGGGUCCAACUCAUGGUGUUAAGGAAACUGACACCUCAAACCCGGGCAAAGGUUAUCACCAAGUACAUCCAUGUGGCUCAGAAACUUCUUCAGCUAGAGAACUUCAACACUUUAAUGGCAGUGGUGGGAGGACUGAGCCACAGCUCAAUUUCCCGUUUGAAGGAGACACAAACUUAUCUGUCUGGAGAGGUAGUGAAGAUGUGGCGUGAGAUGACAGAACUGGUCUCUUCCAACAAUAACUACUCCUACUACCGCAAGGCCUUCAAUGACUCACAAGGCUUUAAAAUCCCCAUCCUGGGUGUGCACCUGAAAGACCUCAUAGCCCUGCAUGUGGUCUUUCCAGACUGGGUGGAAGACAGCAACAAGGUUAACCUAGUGAAGAUGCAGCAGCUCUACAUGACUUUCAAUGAGCUGGUGUCAUUGCAGAGUGGAGUGGCACAAGUGGAGCCCAACAUGGACCUGAUAUACCUGCUAACGCUUUCUUUAGAUCUUUACUACACUGAGGAUGAGAUUUACGAGUUGUCAUUACUCCGGGAACCACGUAAUCCUAAAUCACUGCUGACCUCUCCCACAACUCCGAACAAGCCCCUUGUCCCACUGGACUGGGCCUCAAGUGUCACAACCAAACCAGACCCCUCUGUGGUUAGUAAACAUAUCAGGAAAGUGGUCGACUCGGUGUUCAGGAACUAUGACCCCGACCACGAUGGUUAUAUUUCUCAAGAAGAUUUUGAAAACAUUGCUGCUAACUUUCCCUUCCUGGACUCCUUCUGCGUUCUGGACAAAGACCAGGAUGGCCUGAUCAGUAAAGAUGAGAUGAUAGCAUAUUUCCUCCGAGCAAACCAGCUCCUCCAGUGUAAAAUGGGUCCAGGGUUCCUCCACAACUUCCAGGAAAUUACCUAUCUGAGGCCCACCUUCUGUGAACACUGUGCUGGAUUUCUCUGGGGGAUUAUCAAGCAGGGAUACAAGUGCAGAGAUUGCGGCGUCAACUGCCAUAAACAAUGUCGGGAGCUGUUGGUUUUGGCUUGCAGAAAGCUGCUGCGCUCGGGCUCUCUCGGUUGUAUGACCCCUGACAGACAGAUACACAGCUCGCUACCCAACAGCCCUGCACUGAAAACCUCUUCAGACAAGGAUGAGGUCUUUGAGUUCCCUGCUGUGAAAUCAGCAAGUCCUAUUCGGGAUACAAAAAGCAUCACUCUGAUGACUGGUUCGGCUCAGAGGAUCUCUGUCCGCCUGCAGAGGGCCACGAUCAGCCAGGCCACUCAGACUGAACCUCUGUGGUUGGAACAUAGCUGGAGGAGCGCAGAUGGUGGCUCCCACACCUUUCCAAAAAUGAAAAACCAGACUCACAGAGAGACCUCAAAAAAAAACAGUUUUUCCUCAUGGGAAAACCAGGACAAUCAGCGACAGCUGGCAGGUUUGGUCCAGUGCAGUGGUCACAGUCUGGAGAAGAAUGCUGGCCUUGGGGAGCUUGUGCAGAUCACAGAUUGCAGGAUCACACGCAGAGGGAAUGUAAUACAAACAGGAUAAAGUAUUGUCGCUACUAGAAACAAUGUUAUAGUUCUUGUGGGAAGUUAGGUCUUUCUCCAAGUCUUAUCAAAUCGAUAUUUUAAAGAUUGUGGCGCACAGAUGAACAUUUAAAACAUAAUUUUAUUUAAGAAUAUGUAGGCACUUUCCCAUAUCUUGGUCACGAAAUGAAAUAACGGUGCUUACAUUGAGAGCAUCCAUUUUAUUUCCUGCAUGCCCUCAUUCCGGUUGUAACAGACUUUGCAUGAUUGGUCAGACAGUUAGGACUGCUUGCCAGCCAAUUGCAGAGAACAUUUCUGACACACCUCAGAAAGGUUUCUGGACUUGGGUCACAAAAGAUAUACAGCGAUGCCUUCAGAAACGUUUUGAAUUUGUUCCGUGACCAUGCUCUCAAAACAUUCAUGUUUCAUAACAUAUUUCCCCAUCAAAAUGAAUGAAAUGCAAUUAGUUUGUUCUAGUCUCCUGUCAGAGAUGUUCCUAAAAAAACAGCUAAGACAAGCCUGAGGACUGUGGAGAGCGAACUCAAACCCACCAAGAUUGCCUUUCUCGCGAGGGACAGAUAGGGAGAAACACUGUGUGAAUGCGUUCCCUCAGACUGCCAAAGUUGUAGUCCCUGUCUGCUCUUUCUAUUGCUUUCUCAGAUUAAAGGGUUACAUGGUUACACAGGGAAAAUGCUGACACAGAUGGCUACACCUACAGCACAUAAACAAUAAGGUGCAUGUUUCUUCAAGGCUGCAAGAGUGUCCUGAUAAACCCACAAGAGAAAAAGCAGGGCAUUGUUUAAAGACAUGUUUAUGGCAUUUGGGGGUAUCAUCUUGUGGUAGAACGGGGAUAUCUUCUCCCAGUGUUGAGGAGUAUAUGCUCCAGGCCAGCAGGGAAACAUGCUGAGGUCAGGAUGGAGACAUUGCUUCCCAGUGUUCAGGAGUAUCAGCUUGAGGUCGGCAGGGAGGCAUUGCCUCCCAGGUGUCGCUGGGUCACACUUCAAGACACGCACGUAGCUCACAAAGAGAACAAUUCAGAGUACGACUAACAGAAACAAACAGAUGAAAAAACAAUCCUAACAGCAACUAUAGUAGCAAUGAUAUACUUUUAUCAUGAUAACUUACAUACUAAUACAUUCCUAAACAUCUCCCAAAGAAGUUUUUUGUUUUUGAUAAAGAUAAGUAGCAGUACGUUGUAAACUACUGUACAACAUAGUGAUAAAAACUGAGAGGAGAAUGUAAAGCAAUUAGCUGGUUUUAUGAUAUAUCAUUGAGUCAAAAGUCUCUCUCAAACUCUCCUACUACAGGCAACAUUUUUGCGUUAGCAGGUACGUUCCACAAGCUUCUGUCUUUUAAUAAGAAAAGGUUCAGUUAACACUAUGGUAUGAUGUACAAAUACACAGUAAUAACAUUUGUACCCCAAGUAGCCCGCAGUUCUGCUGUCCCUCUGCAGAACACUCUUUGCCACAGUACCAUUGGAAAUUUUCUGUCGUAAUUGAUCACUUGUCCACAUUUUGGAAUAGUUUUAAAAACCCUUGUCAGAUGUAAUUUUUUUUUUUUUUGUAAUGUUAAUUCUUAGCCUGUGCGCUCGUGAUGUUUUCCAUUGCAUGCUUAAUUGGUGGUUGUUUCAAAUACACAACCUGUAGUUCUUUGUUUUAUGGUUAGUUUAACAAGCAAACUGGUGGUGGCAAGCAACAGCUUGAGGUUUCUUUUUUGAAGAAUAUUGACUAAUUAAAUGAGCCUAGCUGUUUAUGGAAGUGAGCGGAAACACCUGCAUGUUUGGGAUCACAAGUCAAAGCAAGCUUGUGUGUGCUUUGAUUGGCUAAAAUCUGAAGUAUUGUGGUACCACAACAGAUGAUUCAAAUUUUUAAUUCCGGCAGAACUACUGAUCAUCCGUCCAUCCAUCCAUCCAUCCAUUUUCUUAGCCGCUUAUCCUCACAAAGGUCGGACAAAGGGAGUGCUGGAGCCUAUCCCAACUGUCAAUGGGCAGGAGGCAGGGUAUACCCUGAACUGGCUGCCAGCCAAUCGCAAGGCACAUGGAGACAAACAGCCACACUCACAAUCACACCUUGGGGCAAUAUAGAGUGUCCAAUUAAUAUUGCAUAUUUUUGGGAUGUGGGAGGAAACCAGAGUGCCUGGAGAAAACCCAUGCAGGCAUGUAAACUCCACACAGGCAGGGCUCAGAUUGAACCCUGGACCUCAAAACUGUGAGGGCAACGCUGUACAGCUGUUCCACCGCGUCAGUGGGGGUCAUCACUGAAGAAAAUAGUUUACAAACCUCAUUGAGGGGUCACAGCCAGAAGGGAAAAGACCCUCACUUUCGGCCCCAUGCCUCUAUGUCAUUGUUGUGAAUUGAAAAUACUAUUUUCAAAAGUUUUGAACCAGUCUGAAAGAAUUCUACUUUACAGGAGGGGGUGGGGGAAAAAAAGCGAAAUUCCUGUUUUUGGUGAUUUUGACCAAGUCCACAGCAGAAAAAAAAUGGGCCUGUCAGUAGACCUGUCAAAGGGAUUUGAACAAAGGAUCAUUUCAUCUUUUAAUGCAUGCAUAACUAUUGCUCAUGUCAUCCAAACAACUAUUGUACAAACUUGGACUGAAUUUAAGACUUCAGGACAGUUAAAUGCACUCUAAACCCUGACUUAUUUUGAACUCAGAGAGACAAAUAUAUGUAAAUUACAUUGUGCUAAUGUUAACAUUACUUGUUAAUUCUGUUUAAAAUUGACCUUGUGAUGUGCACCUAACUGAAUUGUCGUAGCAUUAGUUUCAUUUUGCUUACAAAUCUUGGAUCAAAUAUUUCAUUAUAAAGUAUUAUUUUAUUAAUGUACAAUUUGCAAGAUACACUUAACUGAUUCGUGCCGUAAGUACACCUAGAAAACGCCAAAAUUCCUGAUGUAAAUGUUGCUUCUCUUGCAUUUCAGGAAAGCUGACUUGAUAACAGAAGUGUAACACACCAGUCUCAAGGGUCCAGAAAACUCCUCAUGUCUGGGCCCAGGAAGUUCUUCUGUCUGGGAAGGUACACGGCUCUUUGACUUCCCCAUUCAAUUGAGGGGGUGUCAGAGCAUUCUCUCUGAGCUCCAGCAUAGACCACGAAAAAUGCUAAUGUCUGGUUUGUUCAAGAUCAAGGCACUGCAAGUUGUAACAAACCCCAAAAGAUCAGCACAGUGACUAGGAGUGGGUCCUCUUUGUAUAUGACCACAGCCCCAACCUGGGGACCAAAGGAUAAUAGAACUUCAUUCCAAGUGUUUGGAAGAUGGCACAGUGUUGCCACAGGAGAAAAAAAUAUUUUUAUUUGAUGGUCACAAUUUUCUUGAUUGCACCAAAUCUUAUACAGUACAAAAACAGUGUGUGACUUUUGGAUAAACAUUUGGAAAGACAACUCGAGAUGUUUGCAUGUGAAUUUUGAAGUGACAAUUAAAGGGAAAGUUGAGAUAAAAUGGGCUUGAUUUUUUUUUUUUUAAAGCAGUGUGCAGUGCAAUGGAAUAAAACAAGGGAACUGCGAGAUGUAUGAUUUCAGUAGAAAACAUUUGGAAACUACAAGGUUUAACCCUCAUAUAAUUAAUCAAUUAAAAGGUUUCGUGAAGAGCAGCUGGUGUAUGCAACACCAUAACCGUAAAAAAUACCAAUAAAACUGUUUUUAUUAUGGUAGCAGUUAUUUUACAGUCAAGAUCGUUACUUUGCGAAGAGGGUGGUACAGCUAAAAUUUUUGGUGACCUAGCAUCAUGCAUUUGUCUAAGUUCCUGACAUGGUAGAUG